AUGAAAAAUGAAGCCAAGUUGGUGUUAGGAGUUAAUCCCACAUUUUUAUUAUUAUUAUUCAUUCUAUUUCAGAAAGGUUUCUCCCUAAAUAAUUCUAGAAUUUCAUCCUCAAUGCCCCUAAAAAUAUCUAUACAAAGACCCAUCUUAUCCCCUAAGAGUAUUUUCAAGCUUGGUUUCUUCAAACCAGCCGUAGUAGGUAACCGUUGGUAUCUCGGAAUAUGGUACCGAAGGUUCCCUAAUGAAGUGGUAUGGGUUGGAAAUAGAGACAACCCACUCUCCAAGCCUAUCGGAACACUCAAAAUCUUCAAGAACAACCUCCACCUCCUUGAUCAAUACGGUAAGUCUGUUUGGUCAACCAAUGGGACUACUAGCCAAAGUCUAAAGAAGUCGGUAUUGACAGGAGAGCUUCUUGACAACGGCAACUUGAUAUUGCGAUACUCUGAAACCGACGGCUCAAGUGGAUUUUUAUGGCAAAGCUUUGAUUAUCCGACUGACACAUUACUCCCCGAUAUGAAAAUGGGUUGGGAUAAGACGUCGGGUCUAGAUAGGAUAUUACGAUCAUGGAAACACAUCGAUGAUCCUUCAACUGGCGAUUUCAUUUAUAAAGUAGAAGUCCGUGAGCCUCCUGAGAGCUACAUACGGAAUAAGGGUGAGCCAUUAUUCCGAAUUGGUCCGUGGAACAGCGUGAGUGACAUAGACGCAAUUGGAAAUUUGAGGUACGGAACCGACCAUCUCGUGGUGAGCACUGAGGAAAUCACGUUUUCAUUCAGCAAUAAAAAUGGUAGUUAUUUCUCAAUAUUGAGACUGACUUCUACCGGACUACUGAAACUGUCCACAUGGAUCCCAAGAUCAGGGGAACUGAAGAGGAUAUCUCAUAUGUUACCAAAUAUUGUUUUGUUUUUGUUUUUCCUAUUUUCAGGAGAAUUACAUUUUGAGCAUAUGGAACUUGAAACAAUUGUCUUGGCCACCCAAGGUUUUUCGGAUUCAAAUAAAAUAGGAAAAGGUGGUUUCGGAAUUGUUUACAAGGGGAGGUUACUUGACGGACAAGAAAUAGCUGUGAAAAGACUGUUGAAGAUUUCAAUUCAAGGUGUUGAUGGAUUCAAGACUGAGUUAAGUCUAAUCGCGAGUGUCCAACAUGUAAACCUUGUCCAACUCCUGGGCUACUGCUUUGAGGGGGGUGAGAUGAUUCUAAUUUAUGAAUACCUGGAAAACUCAAGCCUCGAUACUUUAAUAUUUGACGAAACCCAAAGUUGUAAACUAAACUGGGAGAAGAGGGUCCAAAUUAUUAAUGGAAUCGCUCGGGGGCUUUUAUAUCUUCACCAAGAUUCGCGGUAUCCGAUUGUCCACAGAGACUUAAAACCGAGUAACGUGUUACUUGAUAAAGAUAUGGUUCCAAAGAUAUCGGAUUUUGGGAUAGGCAAAAUCAUUGAUAAGAAUAAGACAGAAGCUAGCACCACAAAGAUCGUCGGAAGUUACGGUUACAUGUCUCCGGGAUACGCCGAGAACGGAACUUAUUCAACAAAGUCAGAUGUCUUCAGUUUCGGAGUCUUGGUUCUUGAGAUUAUAUGUGGAAAAAUGAACAGGGACUUUUAUAUGAACUCAAAGAACGAAGAGAGUCUUAUUAACUAUAUAUGGAGGUAUUGGAAGGAAGGAAAAGGGCUCGACACCAUUGAUCCGGUUAUCCUUGACCCAUCAACAUUUCAACCACACGAGGUGCAAAGAUGCAUACAAAUUGGUCUCUUUUGUGUUCAAGAACGUCCUGAUGAUAGACCCACAAUGCUAUCAGUGUCUGUGAUGCUUGCAAGCGACACAAUGGAGAUCGCUCUACCUAAACCACCUGGUUAUUUAAUACGUAGAAAUCCUUUUGAGACUGGUUCAUCAUCACGGGAAAAGCGAAACAAAGAAUCUUGGACUGUGGCUGAAGUAACAUACUCGACCAUUGAACCUCGGUAA